AUGUAUAAAGGAAAUGGGAAAGGUGACUUUCCCAAUGCCAUAGAUCUCUCUUGUAUCGUGCAGUGUUUCUUCUUCAUCGCCUUUGUCCACGUGGAAGUCUUCAUCCUCGCUGUCAUGGCCUUUGACAGGUACAUGGCAAUUGGCAACCCUCUACUCUACGGCAGCAGAAUGUCCAGGACCGUCUGCAUUCGAUUGAUCUCUUUCCCUUAUAUCUACGGCUUCUUUAUCAGUCUGAUCUCAACGCUCUGGACUCAUGGUUUGUACUUCUGUGGCAACAUUGAGAUCAACCACUUCUACUGUGCUGACCCGGCUCUCAUCAAGAUGGCCUGUGCAGGAACCUUCAUUAAAGAAUACACCAUGCGCACACUAGCCGGUCUCAACUUCUCCUACUCUUUACUGGUCAUUGUUGUCUCCUACGUCUUUAUCCUGAUUGCUAUCAUAAAAAUGCGCUCGGCAGAAGGAAGAAAGAAAGCCUUCUCCACGUGCGGGUCGCACUUGACAGCCGUUACUAUAUUUUACGGAACCCUCUUCUUCAUGUACCUUAGAAGCCCAACUGAGGAGUCUGUGGAACAGGGAAAAAUGGUGGCGGUAUUUUACACCACAGUGAUCCCCAUGUUGAACCCCAUGAUUUACAGUCUAAGGAACAAGGAUGUGAAGGAAGCCAUGGGCAAAGCAAUCAGCAGAAGAUUUUUCAUCAAAUAA